UAAAACUAUGUUGCCUUGAAAUUAUUUUUUUAAUUGAAAACAAAAAUUCUAAAAAAAAAUCAAGAAUUUUCUCGUUACAAAAAGAGAAUCACUAAAAUGAAGUCCUCAUUUGCUCUUAACACAGCCUUAUUUUUAUUCACAACAAUCCUCGUAGAUAUUGUUGUGAGCUCCCAAUUGGAUGAUUUCCUGCAAGCUAUUGAAGAAGCAAAAUUGAAACUAGGCCUGGGCCAGAUACGUCCAAAAAGAAGCCACUCGAUUGAUGAAAUUCUAUCUCGUUUCAGCGAAGAUGAAGAUGAAUCAAGCUUUUACGAGACGAAUUUACAACCAGGAGAUGCCUGGUAUAAAUCCUAUCGGGAACUAGAAUGUUAUUAUGGUGGAGACUGUUCAAAACGUCGCCUCAAAUGGAAACCAAAAAUACAUUUUAACCAAAAAACCAACGACUAUUAUGAAGAACAAGAAGAAGAAGAUGAAUCAAGUUUAGAAGAUCAAUGGGAACGCACUCAAAAUGAUCUCUCACAUGAAGCCAACUAUAAACUAUCAAAAGCUGAACAAGAUGCUGCUGAACAAAAACUGCCCAAAGUUGCUUGGCCAAUUCAACAUAGUAAUACCAAAAGACAUGUUGAUCCAAUGAAAGCGAUAAGAAUGAAGACAAGUCUGAAAAUGAUGGAAGAUGGGUACGGACUAACUCUGCCGAGUUCGUUUCUUGAUGAAGAUCGACAGAAAAUUACAGUUGAAGAUAUUUUGUCGAAUUCCCAAAACGACGACGAUGACAAUCCGGAUCCUUGGAAAGAGAGUUAUGAUGUAUUGGAAAGUAGAAAAUUACUUUCAUUUGACGAAUCAGAUGAUUCACCAAAUAUUGGAGAAGAUAAGAUUUGUCAUGUUGACAAACUUCCGAAUUUAUUCAAAAGAAAAAGUGAAGCAGAAACCAAUAAUACUGCGACAUUAAUUCGACCAAAAACACUAAAUCUCCUUAAUUCGGUCGAUAAGGAGCGAAAUGUCAAUAAUGAACUUCAUAUUGAUGUAAAUGGAACAGUUUUGAGAAAUGAUGAGCUGCUAGAAGAAUCAUAUAAGAAUAACACCAUUGGUUUUGAAGAAAAACUGACAGAGUAUGGUAUAAGCUUGGACCGGAAUAGGCGUGAAGUUGUAUUCCCAACUUUAAAUUUGACCAGCAAAAGUAAGACCAAGGAUGAAAUUAAAAGACCCAUAAUUGAAGCAUUACAUAAUUUUCCUCUGGACGAAAUAAAAGCUCGAGAACUGACAUCACAGUUGAUACACUCAAUAUUUUCGUUUGUCAAAUCAACCCCUAAUUUGAACAUUCCUUGGACAUUAUCAAUGAAGAGCAAAGAACAUUUAUCAGAAAUGCAACGAGUAGAAAUAAUGUUACGACAAGCUAUGGAAACCAUAAAUGCAACUAUAGAACAUCAAGUCCGUACUAAAACCAGUGUUUCCCUCCGAACAGAUGAGAAAGUAUUCUAUAAUUACACUCUCCCGAAAACACUACCUGGAAAUAAUCUGACCCCAGCUGAAGAUUUACAAUUAACUCCUAAACACCCGAGAACAGAAGAAAUAUCAAUCGGUCCAGUUCAAUUAAAGACAAGUCUAAGAAUUUUUAAAAAUGAUGGUAAACCUACUCAGCCAAGUUUGUUUCUUGAUGAAGAUCGUCACAAAUCAACAGUUGAAGAUACUUUAUUGAACUCUGAACAUGAUGGCGAUAAAAAUACUGAUCUAUUGAAAGAAAUCUAUAAAAUGAUGAAAAGUAGAAAAUUAGUUUCAGCAGAAGACUCGGAUCAUGCACCAAUUAUUGAAGAAGAGAAGAUUUGUUAUUCGAAAAAUUUUCCAAGCCAUGGCGUAAACAUGAAUCAAUGUGACAAUAUUACCCAGAAAACUGAUUUGGACCCGAAGCAGAAAGAAAUAUCGUUUGAGAAUGCUACUGAAAAAAGAAUUAGCAGAAAACGAAGAACACCUAAUCCACUGUUUAGUUUUGUUAAUAAGGACCAAGAGUCUAACAUCAAUAAUACGAUUACUUCUCUAUCAGCAACAGUAAAAGUGAAGAAAUCUGAAAACAAAGAAUUGGCAACAUCAUCAUUUAAAGCUCUAAGCCAAUAUCUAGAUGACACACAAAUUCGCCAAAAAUUUAAAAUUACUAAAAACCUUCCCGAAGAAUAUGAAGAAAUACCUCAGGAAUAUCUCAAUCAAAUAUCAAAAAUCAAAGAAAGUCUUCUUUUGGCGUUCGAACAGCUGAAAGAACUAGAACGAUCGAUACAAAAAAGAAAACGACAAACUUUCUCAUCCGAAAUACCAACUGAAGAUUUACAUUUCACUCCUCAAAGCCUUGAACCCAUUAACAAAUUUCCACUUAUUGAUACUAAAAGAAAUAUUGAUGAACCAACUCUGGCUCUUGAUGAAGAUCAACAGAAAAUAUCAGUUGAAGAUAUUUUAUUGAAGUCCCAAAACGAAGACGAUAGAAUUCCUGACUCAUGGAAAGAUACUUAUGAAGUUUUGGAAACUAGAAAAUUACUUUCAAUAGAAGAAGAUUCCGAAGACACAGCAAUUGUUGGAGAAGAAGCGAUUUGUCGAACAAAAGAUUGUCUUAACCAUGGAAUGGACACGAGUCAAUUUGAUAAUUUAAACCAAAAAACCGACUUAGAUCGAAAGCUCGAAGGUAUAUCGUUUGAUAAUGUUGAAGAAAAUAAAGUUAGUAAAAAAGGAGUUCUGGAUACUCUCAGUGAUCAACUCAUGAAUAGUGAAGCAUUUGUUAAACUUCAAAAUUUUAUCAAAGGAAUAAAUGAAGCAGGAUCAAGUAAUAAAACAACAACAUCAACUACAACAAUCCGACCAAAAACAACAAUCGCAACAACAACGAAAUCCUUGCUUAAUUUUGUUAAUAAAGAUCGGGAUGUAAAUAUCAAACUUCGUAUGUCUGUAAAUGCAACAGUUUUGGGAAAUUCCAAGCUCCCAGAAGAAUUCCAUAAAAAUAAUACUAUCACUUUCAAACCCGCAAUAAUGAAGACCAAACAAAAUAAAAAACCAGGAUUGAUAAAAUAUGAUGAAGCAGACUUGGAGAGAAAUACGCGUGGAGUGGUGUUUCCAAUUUUUACUUCAACUAGCAAAAGGAAAGCAAAACCAGAAAUAUCGAAAGCCGUAGUUGAAGCAUCGGAUAAUUUUCCCCUGGAUGAAAUUAUUACUGGAAAAUUGACUUCACAAUUGGUAAACACAAUCUUUUCUUCUGUCAAAUCGAGUCCCCAUUUGAAAAUCCUUUGGCCAGGUUUGAUGAAGAACAAGGUGUCUUCACCAAAACAAGUUCAGAAUUUCUAUGCUAUUCGAAAUCAUGACAAUGAAUCAGAAAUGCAACGAACAGAAAUAAUGCUUCGUCAAGCUAUGGAAACUAUAAACGCCAUUAUAGAACAACAAGUCCGUUCUAGAUCUUGUAUACCCCUAAGAGCAGAUUUAAGAGCAUUCUACAAUCUCAUUCUUCAAACACAAGCUGAAAAAAAUCAACUUGAAGAAUAUCGUGAAAAACGGGAGACAUUAUCAUCUGAAGAUUUAGGUCGAACUCUAGAUGAUUCACAAAUUCGACAGAAAUCAAGAAUUGUCAAGAAACUUCUGAAAGACUAUGAAGAACUACCAAGUGAAGAUCAAGACAGGGUUUCGAAUAUCAAAGAGAGCCUUCUUUUAGAAGCCGAAGAAUUGAAAGAGCUCAAAGAAAUAUCAAGAAGAAGAAAACGACAAAAUAUCUCAAAAUUAAAGCCAAACUUGUUGAAUCAAAAUUCGAAUACUUCAUCAUCAGCUCUUCUCCAAAUCAAGACCCCAACUGAAGAUUUACAAUUAUUAACCCCUCAAUAUAUUAAGCUUGCGAAAACGGCUGAAAUGCUUUCGCAUAAUUCACCUAAAGAUUCUGAUUUAACGAUUGACUUCGAUUCUGUUUAAGAGACAAAUAAAUGUGUUUUUACCAAUUAA